UCGAGACGUCUACACCGAAGUUUCGACACUGGAUUGAUGCAAAGAAAGAAGCAACGGAGAUCACAGAGCGGGGGAUAGGAGUGUACAGGCGAAAGGUGAAGCUGCCGUCUAAAUACUUUCGAUCUAGCAGAAGUGCAGGACCUGCUGCUGGUGGCAAGCUAUCAGUACAGCUGUACUUUCACGGUUGCUGGUUGCGCUGUAAGGUGUUCGUUUUGAAAAGUGGCAAGAGUGAUGAGGCUUUUUCGACUCAAUGGCAUGAACUCGGA